UCAUGUUUGUCUGCUGCUCUCCGGACAUCUUCAGGAAGCUUAUGAUUCACUUCUGGCGGGCCGACCUUCCUCACUCAGAAUAUGUGUUUUUUUUCAUCGACCUGUUCGCUGACAGCCUGAACUCCAGGGGCUAUAAGCCGUGGGAGCGAGGAGACGAGGAAGACGCCAUCGCCAAGGAAGCCUUCCAGAUGAACAUCAUUGCUGGAGGAUUUUAUGACGGGGUCAUGCUUUACGCUCACGCCCUCAAUGAAACCAUGUCGACUUCUGGAGUCCGACCACCGGGGAAAAACGUCACAAAGAGGAUGUGGAAUCAAACCUUUAAUGGUGUAACAGGGCCGGUCCAGCUGGAUGAGAAUGGGGACAGGGAGAUGGACUUUGCUUUGUGGGACUUGAUGGACACCAACAGCGGCGUCUACCAGGUGGUUCUGGUCUACAACAGCUCUGAGGAGCACCUGAUGCCUGUUCCUGGAGCAGCUGUGCACUGGCUGGAUGGAAACAAACCUCUCGACGUUCCCGUCUGCGGAUUCAAGAACGACAACCCAAAGUGCCUGACGAAAACCAUCACCAUCCAUCAGAUGAUCUCUAUCGUGGUGUUCUUCAUCCUCACCAUGACGCUGACUGUCGCCAACUUCGUCUAUAGGAGGAUUAACCUGGAGAAGGAGCUGGUGGCGCAGCUUUGGAGGAUCUCCUGGGAUGACAUCCAUAUGAGCAACUUGGAUAAGGUUCUGCGGAGUGGCAGCAGGAUCACACUGUCACUGAGAGGCUCCAACUGCGGCUCCCUGAUGACCGGAGAUGGAAACCUCCAGAUCUUUGCAAAGACCGGAUACUACAAGGGGAACAUCGUGGCCAUUAAAUACUCAAACAAGAAGCGGAUCGAGCUCAACCGAACGGUCCUGUUUGAGCUCAAACACAUGAGAGAUGUUCAGAACGAACACCUGACUCGGUUCAUCGGAGCGUGCAUCGACUCGCCAAACAUCUGCGUCAUCACAGAGUACUGCCCCCGAGGCAGCCUGCAGGUGAGCACACCUGUCCGCUUUCUGUCCAUUUACCAUAUUUUCUGGACUAUAGAGCGCACCAAAGAGUCCAGGAACAACAUUUUGGACAACCUGCUGUCCCGCAUGGAGCAGUACGCCAACAACCUGGAGGAGCUGGUGGAGGAACGAACCCAGGCCUACCAUGAAGAAAAACGCAAGGCUGAGGCCCUGCUAUACCAGAUAAUACCACACUCCGUGGCAGAGCAGUUGAAGCGCGGCGAAACGGUUCAAGCUGAAGCCUUCGACUCGGUCACCAUCUACUUCAGUGACAUCGUCGGUUUUACCGCCCUUUCUGCAGAGAGCACGCCCAUGGAGGUGGUGACUCUCCUCAACGACCUUUACACCUGUUUUGAUGCCAUCAUAGACAACUUCGACGUUUAUAAGGUGGAGACCAUUGGCGACGCCUACAUGGUGGUCUCAGGGCUGCCGGUGAGAAACGGGAAGCUGCACGGCAGGGAGAUCGCCCGCAUGGCGCUGGCGCUGCUGGGCGCCGUCCGAACGUUUAAGAUCCGACACCGACCGGAGCAGCAGCUAAAGCUGAGGAUCGGCAUACACAGUGGGCCCGUGUGUGCAGGAGUGGUGGGUCUGAAGAUGCCUCGGUACUGUCUGUUCGGAGACACCGUCAACACGUCCUCACGGAUGGAGUCCACUGGAGAAGCGCUGAAGAUCCAUGUAUCGGCGGCGACCAGAGACGUCCUGAUGGACCUCAACUGCUUCCAGCUGGAGCUCCGGGGAACCAUCGACAUCAAAGGGAAAGGAAAGAUGACCACCUAUUGGCUGCUGGGAGAGAGCUGCAGCCAAUGAGAGCGCACAUCGGACGGAGGGGGUCGGUCGUUUCCCUGCUGAGUUUCCAAAGGAGCAUUUUAGGAAAAGCAGCAGAGUUCAAGGAGAAAUGUCCUGGUUCUGGUUCUGGUUCUGGUUCUGUCUGAGGAACACAGACUCUGAGAUGUGAGGAGGCUCAGAUGGAGGCGAAGGAUCAGACAGGAGCACAGCUUCCUGUGUGAACAUCAUAAUCUGGAUUAAUCCGUCAUCUCCUAACGGACAGAACCAGAAUGUUUCUGCAGACUCGGCUGAUUCUGCUCUGAUUGAGUUUGGAGCAGAAAAGUCGAUCUGGAACAUUUGGAAAGACUGCAGCGGGUCAGCAAGACCUGGACCUCAAACUGGUUUGGUUUAGGAGCGGGACGUCCAGGAACGACACGUAACAAAGUCCCAGGAAAAGGGUUCAGACCGUAACCGAGUCCACGGGACAACUCCGAAAACCUUAGGAAGUCUGGAGAACUGCUGACCCAGACCCCUACAGGAAGAAAAAAAAUCAGCACUGGACUGAACUCUGGAACCGGACUCUGGUUCAGGACACACCGGAUCUGGACUCUGGAUCAGGACUCUGUAUCUGGAUUCUGGAUCUGGACUCUGGAUCAGGACACUGGAUCCGGACUCUGGAUCUGGACUCUGGAUCAGGAAUCUGGAGCUGGACUUUGGAUCUCAACUCUGUAUCAGGACUUUGUAUCUGGACUUUGGAUCAGGACACUGGAUCUGGAUUCUGGAUCCGGACACUGGAUUAGGAGACUGGAUCCGGACUCUGGAUUCUUGACUCUGGAUCUAGACUCUGGAUCUGGACACUGGAUUCUGGAUCCGGACUCUGGAUCCGGACU